GCUAAUUAGAAGAUGGUAAACAUUUUCUCAUUUUUAGCAGUGAAAGACAUAUGUUGUACGGCUCGAAGUUGUUAUUCCUAGUCAUGGCUCCAAAACCCCAGGAAAAAAUUAAGUUUGAAUUUUUCCUUCAUUUUGUUGAAUAGUGGUGGGAACAACUUGGCAAAGCGCGAUGAAGAAGGCGAGGACAAUGAGUACUGAGACUGACACUGAAUCACCAAUGAAAGACGCCUUCUCCAAAUAUGCUGAUUACCUUAAUAACCUUAAUGAUAAACGAGAAAGGGUGGUGAAAGCUAGUCGUGAUAUUACUAUGAAUAGCAAGAAGGUUAUUUUUCAAGUGCACAGAAUGAGCAAGCAGAACAAAGAGGAAGUUCUGGAUAAAGCAGUAAAAGAUCUGGCAGCUGUGACUGAUCAAUAUUUGUCCCGGCUAGUAAAGGAACUGCAAGGGACUGACUUCUGGAAGCUAAGACGAGCAUAUUCUCCUGGGGUUCAAGAAUAUGUUGAAGCUGCUACACUUUGUAAUUUCUGCAAGACAGGGACUCUAUUAACUCUUGAUGAGAUGAAUUCGACCUUGCUCCCAUUAAGUGAUCCUUCUGUUGAACCCUUGCAGAUUAACCUCUUAGACUAUAUCUUAGGGCUUGCGGACUUGACAGGAGAAUUAAUGAGGUUAGCAAUUGGUCGAAUUUCAGAAGGGGAACUUGAUUUUGCAGAGAAGAUUUGCAGUUUUGUGCGUGAAAUUUACAGGAACCUUACUCUUAUUGCCCCAGAGAUGGAUGAUAGUUCAGACAUGAAACAGAAAAUGGAAACAAUGCUCCAGAGUGUGAUGAAGAUAGAAAAUGCUUGUUUUAGUGUUCAUGUAAGAGGAUCGGAAUAUAUUCCCCUUCUUGGAUCUGCUGAGACCAGUUAUCCACUGUUGGGCAUGCCAGACAUUGAAUGAAACAGAAAGAUAAGUGCUUGUUUGCUGUUGAAGUUGUUGAUGCAGCUCCCUGCCUGCAUAUGCAAACGGUGUAAGAGCAUCAAACUGGAGAGAAAAAGAAUUUUAGGAAGGAAUGCACUUCUGCAUGUGAUUUUGCAAGGUACCUGGGCGCAACGAUUUGUGUCUUUGUCGGGGAAAUUGCUGAUCUUGUAAUUACUCUAGACCACCUACUGAACUUUAUGCGACUUUGUAGGUGAAAUUGUGUAGCUUGCUAGUACUCUACAAGACGGAUCUCAAAUUCAGGAAAAUUCUCCUUUCGUUA